CUCGCCUCCGCUGCUGUCGCGAGCUCACUGAACGAUUCGCGACGCAUGUUUCACGUCUCGUCACGAAACAGUCCACGACCUUCGUAGCCGUGACGCGAUAACUUCAUUGAACACAUAGUUACCAGUGAAACGGACAUCGAUAACCCAAUCGUUCUGUGUUAAAAUUGUAUAUCAAAUAUCAUUACAGUGAAAACAAACAUAGGAAAGUGCUAUUAGCGCAGGCGCGCUCAGCGCGGAUAUGACGAAAGCGGCCAUCUUGUUCGAGGACGCAAUUUCGCCUCGCCCUAUCAUAAGAGUUUAAUCGCGACCGUUUCAAAAGGAUCGAAGGUAAAGCGAGAUGCGACGCGGCUCCGCGACCGCGAGGCUAGGACCCUGAGGCAGCCCCGCGGCGCCGCUAUCGAUCCGGCGGGCGCGAUGGCGCUCUCCGAGUGAAUGCGGACAUCGCAAACAGACCGCUGCCUCGGCCUGCUAGAGGGACGCGACCGGAGCGAGAGUGUGGAGCUGGUCGUGCGGCAUGUGAGACGAGCCGCUGAGUGUGCCAGGGCGCGCGGGCGGCGGCGGGCUCGGUCGACCGCGCGCCAUGGGCGAGGAGUACGCGCGCUCCCCGUGCGAGCGCUUCCCCACGGUGGGCGCGUUCAGCGUGGCGCCGCCGGAGCGCCUCAGCCCGCCGCCGCCCGCGCCGCUGCCGGACCGCUUCUCGGCGUCACCGCGGCGGGUGCGCCGGAGUGCGGAAGCCGAGAGAGCCCGGAGGCCUCGCUACGUCCCGCCGGCGGCGCACGUGCCGGUGGAGAGAUAUGUGCCUCGGCCACCGGCACCGGUGCGGCCUCCGCCCCCGGUGUACUGCGGGUUGGCGUGCCGGCCGCCUCCACCCUCGUCGCGCAAGUGCUGCGGGCCGGCGUGUCGGGAGGACAUCGCAGGGUCUCCGCCUCCGUCGCGUUACGCGGAGUACGUGGGGGCCGCGGCCGCUCGUCGCCUGGCCUGCACGCCACCGCCUCCUCCUCCUCCGGCGCUGCAGCUCCCUUGCGAACCUCAGGAGCCGCCGUGUUGUGUGCAGGCUCGAAGACGGCCGCAACCUCCACAUGAUUGGCGAUCUAGUGCUGGGCUGCUGGCCUCCCAACUCACUUGCCAGAGUUCACCUGGACCACCUCCUUCAGCACCCCCAAUCCCCCAACCAACCUCCCCUCCUCGAAUCGUCUCAGCACCCCCACCCCCAGAACCUCAACUACCUGAAGAAGAAGGGGUGAAAUUAAGACGGGCUCAUACAGUAGCUGUUAGAGAUUAUUUGAAAAGAGAGACACAGACAUUUUUUGGUGUUCAAAGAGAUAAUGAAAGAGAACAGAGAAGGCUAUGGUAUGAAAGGAGGAGAAGACAUGCAGCGAGAGCACUUGGAGACCUCAGGCUGGACCUACCCCCAGAUCAUCAUCCUGAUCAUGACGACAUUAGUAUGUAUGGAGCAUCUGGUGCAGCGCCAAGAGAGGCUCGGGGGCACCGUGAGCGACCCGACGUGCUGCCAGCGCCGGCGUCGCUCGAUACUAAUCAACCAGUUCCCCGCCUCGGCAAGGACAGCGUGGCCCGGCUUACUCUCACAGGACUUUCCUACGUAGUUACUGCGGUGACGCGUCGUUCUCGUCAGUCUACCUCUGUCCAAUGGUCCCGAUCUUUUCGUGGCAGUGCCAGUAGUCCGCACGAAGAAAUAGAAAUUGAUGACGUCUUCUUCGCCCCACAAGCGAUGACGUCACUCAGCCAGCAUCACGAAGACAUAGACGUCGUAGACGGAAGUAAAGGGGCCAGGUCUCCUCUGAGGACGUCCUCGAGUGUGGAGUACAGGAGGCCUGAGAGGAAUGUUCAGUGGGGAACAGGCGGCAUCCGCAUACACGCUCCCAUGCUGGAACCCUUGGCAGAUAACUCUAAUAGAAGGCAAUUUGGAAUGGGCAUUGUAGGUAGAUUCUUUAGGAGGUCAUUACGAAAAUCAGUGACGCAUCAAGAAGAUGUGGCUAGACAGUUGGACGAAUUAACGGAUUACAGGCCUUACUUCACUUGGUGGGUCAGCACGGUACAGACAUUAGUGCUGUUGCUGUCAUUACUUUGCUAUGGCUUCGGACCAGUCGGUUUUGGACGACACACGCAUUCAGGGCAGGUGCUGGUGAAGAGUUUAAGCUUACAACAGGUCGAAUGGGAGGAACCGGCUUCUUUCUGGCUAGGUCCUCGAGCAGCUGAUCUUAUACAUUUAGGUGCAAAGUUCGCACCAUGCAUGCGAAGGGAUGUCAGGAUAGCACGUGCUAUAGCUGCAUCAGCUCGAAGGGAAAGAGACACGGCUUGCUGCAUAAGAAACGACGAUUCUGGAUGCGUACAGUCUUCUAAAGCCGAUUGUUCCAUUAGAGGAUUGGUGUCAAAGAAUACAAUAUCGACGUGGAAGAAAUGGUCAUCCGGGGAAUCUGGUCCUGGUGGUAGAAUAUCAGGAUCGGUGUGCGGUUUGGAUCCAAAAUUCUGUGAGGCGCCGCGUUCCAUCGCUCCACACGAAUGGCCGGACGACAUAACAAAAUGGCCAAUAUGCAGGAAGUCAGUAAUUGAUGGAUCAGCUGCUGCAGGGCGUGCUGGACACGCGGCGGAGCACAUGGCCUGUGAGGUUAUAGGUCAUCCAUGCUGUAUAGGAGUUCACGGACAGUGCGUCAUCACCACCAGAGAGCAUUGCGAUUUUGUUAAAGGCUACUUCCACGAGGAAGCUUCUUUGUGUUCACAAGUAUCAUGUUUGGACGACGUAUGUGGAAUGUUACCAUUCAUGCGGCGGAGACGUCCAGAUCAGUUAUACAGAGCCUGGACAUCACUGUUUGUGCAUGCGGGACUAUUACACUUGGCGGCCUCGUUAGCACUCCAGUGGCUCUUUAUGCGAGAUCUGGAAAAGAUGGCUGGACCUGUCAGGAUGGCGGUGAUAUAUCUUGGCAGUGGUGUUGCAGGAAAUAUGGCUUCAGCUAUUUUUGAACCGUAUAGAGCAGAGGUUGGUCCAGCAGGCUCACAUUUUGGUCUACUCGCGUGCUUAAUAGUGGAAGUGAUAGGAGCGUGGCCGCUUUUAAGGCACCCUCGGCGAGCUCUUCUCAAGCUUAUAGGACUUGCGUUAGCACUUUUCCUCCUAGGCCUUCUGCCUUGGAUUGACAACUUUGCCCAUGUGUUCGGAUUUGUCUUUGGUUUUUUGCUUUCAUACGCGCUGCUGCCCUUCAUAACAUUCGGACCGUACGAGAGACGGCGGAAAAUAGUUUUGGUGUGGGUGUGUAUGGUGUCAGCCGGUGCCAUGUUAUGUGCUCUAAUAGCGUUGUUCUACGCGGCUCCGGCAUAUGAGUGCGCCGCAUGUGCGUACUUUACGUGCCUGCCCUUCGCCCCGGAUAUGUGCGCGUCACAGGACGUCCGCGUACGGCAGCUGGACGGGGUAUGACGGCGCGCGGCCCGGGCGCCCCCGCCCCCGCCGCCUCCCCGCCCCGCGCCCUGCCCCGUGCAGCACCCUCCCGUCACUGACCGCGUGUGUAUCGAAUACGUGAGAGUUGACGAGACUGUGUGUGACGAAGCCACCCAAAGGAUUUGUCGACUUCGAAGAUCACACUAAUAUAGUACGACAUGACAUAUUUUUAAAAUGACGUAAUCCUAUUGGUGCAUUCGUUGCAUUCACCCGCUGUUUUGCACUCCCUAGGUGAAAAGCAGUCGGGCUACCGUCGCGCGAGCGGAGUGAAGCGUUCACGAAUAUGAUCAGUUUUGUCUUCCAAAUUUCAUUUGAUGAUGAUUGUUGUCACAAAACUAUUCUUAAUAUAUAAUCGGACUAUGAAUGUGUCAAAAUUAUUUUGCCAAAUACGUGUAGCGGAGGGCAAAACUGAUUGUGUAUAGCACUGCCAUUUUUAUCCUGUGACGUCAGUAUUAUUGCGCUCAAAGCAUGGCUCCUCACGUUUGAAUGAUCGACUUUGGGAUAUUAUUACCGGCUUUUUUCAAAUACGAGCCGAGUCAAAUAAGGACACAAUGUUUUAUCAUUUAUCAUUUAUCAACUUAUAGACACUAAUUUCUACUUUUGUGUAUUCGUGUGAGGUGGAUAGUUUUCAAUUAGAAGCACUAGUUGUUUCUUGUAAUUUUGUACACCUUUUAAAUGUUAGUGCUUGUAAAUGAAACCUAAGGCUUACCAACCCCUAAUUGUGAUAAAUUAACAGCGUAUUGGGUACUUUGUACUUGGACGCGUUUAAUGAUAAUUCAUUGUAUAUACUCUGUAAAUUAUACCUUGAUAUGAUUCGUAAGUUGUAUUUAUAUAAAUAUUUUCUUUUGACAGACUUUUGCGGAAAGGACUUGGUAGUUGGAAAUGAUCGAAAUUCAUUUUUCUUUAAAUACCAAGCACAAUUAAUAUAAACAUGAUCAAAGCACAAAUAAAUAAAUCCUAAAGAACGGAAACAUGAUUGCGUAACACUAUGAACAUGUGUUGUCAAUAAUAUUAUAGUCAUGUGUUUUGAGUUUAAGCAUCUAUAUCUAAGUAUAUGCAAUAGGCUGGUGUGUGACAAAAUACGUUAACUUAAGCACAAUUUUAAUAUACUUAAUGGUAUUUUACAAAAUCCAUGUCCUUUCCGUAUAGGGCAUGAUAAAUAAAAUUUAGUAUAUUACUAAAUCAUGUACAUAGAGUUAACGAAUAUUUUGAAGUUAUCAUUUCUAACGAAAUUUUCUGGUUAAUAUUUAAGUCACAUAUUAAUUUUAGUUACGUCAAUUUUUAUAGUCAUAUGAACUGUGUAAGUUUACAUUUAUUUAUUAUAUGCUAGUAUAUUACAGUCAUUAGAGCUAAUUUUCUUUUACGGACAGGUAGCGGUGACGUUUACACGGAACUUGUGACGCUGAAAUCUGUUGUUAUUGUAAUGUUAUACAAUUUUUAUAUUAACAUAUCCUUUUAAACAUUACUUUGAAGGAAUAACGAAGUAGGUCCAGAUAAAAAUUCUUCAAUGAAAUAUUUUUUAUUUGCUUUUAAUUAGAUUUAGUUUACUUUUUUAUUAUUUAACAAAAAGCAAUAUAAAUCUUUGUAAUUGUUUAUUUUUUUUUUUGUUUAGUGAAUGCAGCGUUACAUGCCUUAUGAAUGAGAGUUGGUCAACUCUAUGCAAAUGUGUAGACAAGAUUUGUAACGAAUUUAUUAAUAAGCUAGAAAGUUAAUAUUAUUUUUAAUUAGAUUUAGCACAACUAUGAUUUACUGAUAAAUUUAUUUGUGCACAAAAAUUGUACUGAAAAGCAUAUUCGUAUCUCUGAAUGGAUAGAUCCGGUCUUCAACGAAAGCGAAGUGCUCAUUAAAACCAUCUUUUUAUAACACCAGUGAAAAUAAAGCAACAUAACGAAAUUUAUAUUGGUGUAUUGUGGAGAAAAUAGUUUUUGUGGUAUAAAAAAUCGGUUCAUGAAUUAAAAUGUUAUUCUAAUAGGAAAUAAUGAAAAGAAUAUAUAUUCCAUUUUAUAGUAUUUUAUAUUAUUAAGACAUAAAUCGCAAUACAUUAUCAUUUCUUUGAUAAGCCGUGAAUGAUAGUAUUUGUUAUCGGGUUAACAUAUACACUGAUCUUGUGUUUAGAUGUUUAUUUUGAAGAUCUUUUGAGUACGUCACUCAUGACGUCAUUGGUUUUGAUAUAAUAUCGAUCAUGUGCUCGUGCGAGUAUCCAUCGUCAGUAAACUGGUUUUGUUGUGUUUAAAGGGCAUCUAAUCAAAAUAGUCUGGUCGAAGCAGGAAAAGAAUACAUCGGAAUAUAUUGUAUUUUAAACAUAUUUAUAUUUCUAAAAAUCAAAUAAAUUUGAUAUUCAAUUGAUAAUAUUAAAUUUAAGAGUACAGUUUGUCGUUUUAUAGAUUCGAUUGAUCAAGACGGAGAAAAAAUAAUAAUUGAUAAUUAAACGAAUCUUAAAGCAACAAAAUUAAAAACUAAAUAUUGAUUUUUAAAAUAUAAUUAAUCCUUGAAAAAUAUUUCACUGUUGAUAUAAAAGGUAUUUUAGAGAGAUAUAAUUUCGACAUUGAAUUGUCCUUAGAGCCUGAUGUUCUCAAUACUUUCGUAUGACAUAAUAAACAUUCGUUUAUUGAUAAACAAACGCUAUUUCAAUAUGUAUGAAUGUAUCCGUUGUUAUAAGUGCCACAACUGUAUAUUGUAGGUCUUUGAUGAGUUGUUUUAUCAAUUGUUGAAACACGGGUACAUAACCAUGUGUCGCUGUUACACGAACGUUGUAAAUGUAUUUUUAUACUUAAAAUAAGUCGUGUUUGGAGUGAAAAUGUGAAAUAAUGUGUGGUUAUUCGAAUUAUUUUUAAAAUUAUUUAUAAUAUCAUUUCACUGGUUAUCUUAAAGUGCCCUUGCGGCCGGCGGCCCGGCGGACUGCUAUGAAAUUAACUUUAAGAACCUUACGUAUUGUACAUUGUGAACAUAAAACUAAUUGAUAUUAUAAUCAUAAGAUAAUCUUAUUGUAACUAGCAUUAAUCGAACAAGAAACCUUAUUAUCGUAA